CGAGUUCUGUCUGAGCUAGUGAGCUGAGUGGUUUUGUUUGUUGUUGUUCACUACUGUUAGUGUUAAGUUGUGUUAUCUAUGAUGUGAAAAAUUGUGAUUGUUUUUUUACUUUACUAACAUAACAUAACUGGUAAAAACAAAAACUACCUACCUACCAAAGUUGGGUUGCUUAAAACGAGUGCGUUUCAUUUAAAUAUUCUCUUUGUCACUAGGCAUUUUAUUUGUGGCUUAGACUAUUCUUGAAAAAAUGAAACGUUCUAAAUAUUAUGUUCAUAUGUGUGUGUUUUAGUUAUGGCAUGUCAUGAGAAAUGGAACCUAUUUAAGAAAUUAUGUUGUAUGUGUUGCUUCAAGACCAAGACAAGUUCAAGUGCGCUUAGUGUUCAAAAAGGACACAAAGAGCACCAGUAUUGUGGGUGUUCAGAAUCAAAUAAACGAAAAAAGUUGAGGAUGCCAACACCUGAUAUUGACACAAGUUCUCUAGUUGACAAUGAAGUGUUCGAGGCUCUUGAAUAUGAAUACCAUGCUGAAGAUCCUGGAGAUGUUCUAGAUGAAGGAGCAUCUGCGCCGUUCAAUCAUAUACUUCAGACCACACUUCGACCACAGGCGGACAUCUUUGUACAAGGAACUCUGAGGGAUAAUGCCAUCAGAUUUUCUAUCAAUUUGGUUGUUGCUCAUGACACAAAGGAAGAUAUUGCCUUCCACUUCAAUCCUCGACUCGACCAGGAGUACACGGCUCUUAACACCCGGGUAAAUGGCAAGUGGGGAAAAGAAGAAUGCAAUAGUCAAAUAAAGUUCCCCUUUCAGCGGGGAAAACCCUUUUUCAUUGAGAUCUUCCUUACCCACUCUGCAUUCUUGGUGGCUGUAGAAGGAAUCCACUACUGUUCGUACCAGUAUCGCACAUUUCUGACGGACAUUUCCAGCCUACAGAUCUGUGGGGGUGUUAACCUGACGAGGGUUCAAGUGACUGAUAGUGCCUCGUAUCCUGCAGCACUGCCUAAAACUGUCACCCCUAGUGUGCAUGUUGUGCCUCUUAGUGUUCCUGGUGUCACAAAGCUUGAAACACAGAAAACCCCAAUAUAUGGAGUUCUUAGUAGCAAACUAAAAGAUAAAUGUAGAAUUGAAAUAAAUGGAAGAUUGGAACUACUGCCUCAUUCGCUCCACAUCAAUCUCCAGGAAGGCACAAAAACAUGGCCUCACCCAGAAGUUCCUCUACAAGUGAGCGUCAGGUUCAACCAGCGGGAAGUUAACCAGGUCGUUAUGUUGAACUCUUGGCACAACGACAGCUGGGAUGACAAGGCAGAAAAACUGCCACCAGAAAAGUUCUUACUCACCCCUGGAUGUCCAUUCAAAGUGGUGAUCGAAUGCCAGAGUGAUGUCUUUGUCAUCAAGAUUGGCGAGAGAACACUCAGUACCUUCAGCCAUCGAGUGCCUUCAAGCAUAGUAAAUACAAUUUAUAUCAAGGGUGACGUUUUUAUACAUGAUAUUAGUCUCUCUUUAUAGUAUUUUACGCUUAUAUCGAUUAUUAGUGUUUUAUAUGCAUUUGUUAUUAUAUCAUCACUGUACUUAGUUUUAUGUAUACAUUCCAGCAUUAUUUAUUAAAGGAUUGUUAGUUUUGUA